AUGUCUGAUGAUUGUGUAUCUCUGAUUUCUCUGCUCCAACAAAUUCCACAUGACUAUCACAGUCAAUAUGCACCACCUUCAAAGGCAGUGGCAACACCAAAGCCCAAAAGCAAGAUUUCAGCCUCCCGCAAGCUAUCAUUGAAGAUCCUCUUGCUGGCUCGAGCAACUGAAGAGUUGGAGGCUGAGAAGGCUGCAAGAGAGGAAGAGAAGGUCCGCUACCUGGGAGAUAAGCUUCCACCGCUGCAGCUCAUUGGUUUAAACAUGGACGACCUACAGACACUUUGUAAGGAGAUUAAUGAAAAGAUUGAUGCGGUGGAUGAGGAGCGAUAUGACUGUGAGGCCAAAGUCAUCAAAAACAACAGAGAUAUCCACCAAUUGAAUCUAAAGGUUCAGGACCUUGGAGGGAAGUUCAAGAAGCCAGCUCUGAGGAAGGUGAGAGUGUCCGCAGAUGAGAUGCUGAAAGCUCUCUUUGGAUCCAAAAACAAAGGCUCCAUGGAUCUGAGGGCAAACCUCAAGUCUGUAAAGAAAGAGGACAUCAAGAGAGAACAAGAGAAGGAGCUAACUAUGGAGGUGGGUGACUGGCGUAAGAACGUGGAGGCCAUGUCCGGUAUGGAGGGCAGGAAGAAGAUGUUGAUGCAUGAUGUUAUGGAGAAAGAACUGAAUAAAAAUUCGUAUAAUAAAUAG